AUGGACCCGCCCAACCCGAACCCGUCAUCUAUGCGGGUCCUCAUCCGCCCACCCCCUUCUUCCACAGCCACUUCACCUUCUCCCCAACCCAUUCCGAUUCCCUCCUCCUCCUCAGACCCUCCCUCUACCGACGGCGUCGUUGUCGUGGGCUUCAUUGGCCGGAGCGCCGACGACUCGGCCCAGCUCAUCAAUCGGAUCCUGGACUCCAACGUUUUCGGGUCGGGCAACCGGGCCAAAACCCUCGGCGUCGAGAAACAGGAGGAGCUCCGGGACUGGUUCAAGUGGCGGGGAAUCAGUUAUUUCCAUGACGAGCAGAAAGGGAUUCUGUUCUUGCAGUUCUGCUCCUCACUGUGCUCCGCCGUGGAUUCCGGGUUAUCGGAUUCCGGGUCGGGUUUUGACUCCGCGUUCGAAGAACACGACUCUGGUGACCUCCAGGGGAUGCUUUUCAUGUUCUAUGUGUGCCAUGUAAUUAUAUAUGUUCUGGAGGGUUCACGGUUUGAUACUCAACUGCUGAAAAAGUUUCGAGUGUUGCAAGCUGGUAAGCAUGCUUUGGCACCAUUAGUUAGACCCCGAAACAUGCAGCCAACACCAUCGAAGCCCUAUUCGUCGUCCUCACGCCCUACCACGUCGGCAGCUUCUUCUAAGAAUUCGUCUCCAGGUAGAGGUGGUAGCAUGUUGACUCGCAAUGCUUCUUCCAUUUCAGUAAUGUCAGGUUUAGGUUCGUACACUUCUUUGUUUCCGGGACAGUGUACCCCAGUCACACUGUUUGUUUUCGUUGAUGAUUUCUAUGAUGUGCCAAAUCCGAGCUCUAAUGUGGAGGACUUGGUCGAUACAUCCUCACUAAAUCAACCUUCUAGUUUGGGCACUUCAGCAAGGCCAAGUUUACCUGUUAAAGGUUCUGGUUCAGUGGUUGUGCUAGCUCGCCCUGUGAGUAAAUCUGAGGGUAGCUUUAGGAAGAAGUUGCAGUCUUCCCUAGAAGCACAAAUUCGUUUCUUAAUUAAGAAGUGUAGAACUCUCUCGGGUUCUGAAACUAGUCAUGCUGGGUCUAGAAAUGGUGGUGCUGCAAGUUCUGCGCCUCUGUUUUCACUCGAUGCAUCGAGGGCCGUUCUGUUGUUAGAUAGGUGUACAAAUCAGAGAGGUGAGUCGCUUGAGUUUGCUACUGGCCUCGUGGAAGAUGUUUUGAAUGGGAAGGCAACCUCGGAUUCUCUUUUGCUUGAAAGUCAUGGUCAGAAUGCAAAUAAAGAGGAUCUAAUAUCAGUGAAGGAGUUCAUUUGCAGGCAAUCAGAUAUUCUAAGAGGGAGGGGUGGAGUUGUAGCAAAUUCCAAUAGUGGUUCAGCUGCUGGUGUAGGUAUGGCUGCUGUUGCUGCAGCCGUUGCUGCUGCGUCAGCUGCAUCAGCUGCUGCAUCAACUACGUCUACAAAGACAUUUAAUGCUCCCGAACUUCCAACUCUCCAAAUAUGGUUAUCUUCCACUCAACAAAUUCUUCAUGGGCUUCUUUCAGCAAAAGGUGGCUGCAUAGAUGAAACUGAAAUUAGUAAAAGAAAACCUCGUACAAGGAACACUAUUCCACAGCCAGUUGAAGGAGUUUCUUCAAAAAGUAUGGAUCCCCUAGAUCUAGCAGUAUCUUGGUUGGAAAGUGGUAAUAAAAUGAACUCAAGAUUUUCGACUAUGUGGUGUGAAAGGACCCUUCCAACUGCCAAAGAGGUUUAUCUGAAAGACUUGCCUGCUUGUUACCCAACUUUGCAACAUGAAGCUCAUCUAGAGAAGGCUUUGCUUGCUUUCCACUUGAUGGUAAAAGGACAUGCGGUGCAGCAUUUUGCCAAAAAGUUGGAGGAUGAGUGCACCUCCAUCUGGAAAUCUGGAAGGCAAUUGUGUGAUGCUGUUAGUUUGACUGGAAAACCAUGCAUGCACCAGAGACAUAAUGUUGAUACUAGUGAGCCACUCUUAGCAGCUACUGUGAAGCAACAUUCCAGUGGAUAUGUUUUCCUUCAUGCCUGUUCUUGUGGCCGUUCACGGAAGCUACGAUCUGAUCCUUUUGACUUUGAAUCCGCAAACAUUACUUUUAGUUGCUUUCCAGACUGUGACAAGCUCCUCCCUACACUUCAAUUACCUGAAGUAAGUAGUUCAGGGCCUAUUCAAUCUUCCUCAUGGAGUUUGAUUCGCAUUGGGGGUGCAAGGUACUAUGAACCUUGUAAAGGCUUGCUUCAAAGCGGGUUCUGUUCCACUCAGAAGUUCCUUUUGAAAUGGUCAAUAUCAAUGGAGAUACAGAAAAACGCAAUUGAUUUAACUGCCAAAGCAGUGGAUCAUCGUUCUGUUAGGUCAGGUACUAACUUUAAGCUUGACUCUAAAGCAGAUGUGCAGUUUCAUUCGAAGGAGUUACAAUCCAGAGGUGAAAGCCAUAGAAAACCCGCAGAGGACAUAGUGUUUGAUGAUAAUAAAAUCAGUUUUGGUAAAGGCCUACCCAACUUUACUAUGAGAAAACCAUUUUCUGAGGUUGUUGCUGGAACAGUAGCUGCAGAUUCAGGAUUUCCUCCAAUCCAGCUGAGGAAAAAAUCAUCAUCCACUUUAGAUAAGAGUGACAAGCAAAUCAGGUCAAGGGAUCAAAGUGCAGAGCAGACUAGUGAUCAAGGAACUGAAAAAUUUAGAGAUGAUUUGCAUGUUCAAGAAACAGCGAGUGGGAUCAAUAGCACAGAUGGUGAUCCUUAUUUACGAAUAGGUACUAAUGUGGUCCCUAUGAACCUCAAUGGCGUUGAAAGGUCCAGACCGGACCCUUCUUUUCAGCAUGUAACAGUGUAUGUUGGGUUUGAGCAUGAGUGCCCCCAUGGCCAUCGUUUUCUAUUAAAUCCAGAGAAUCUUAAUGAGCUUGGGUCUUCAUAUCAGUUGCCUGAAGAAUCUCAAGUGAAAUCAGACCAGAUUCGGGCAGAUUCUUCAAGACUAAGCAGGAAUGGUUUCCAGGGUAAAGCCCAUCGAAAUUCUAAUAGGAGCACUGCUACCGGUUCAAAUAGGGAGAGAAAUGUAAAUAAGUCAAAAGAUAUAGUAACUAAUGGUAUCCUGAAUUCAGAUGGGAUGAUACAGUUGUCAGGACCAGGAAAGGAGCAGAAUCAAACUAUUAGUGUAUCAAGAGUUCCUAGUUUUUCCAAACACGAUGAAGGAAGCUUUCAGUCCAUUAAUAUUGAUGAUGGCGGAUGUGCUUUCUCCAUAUUGAAUAGAAAUUUACCAAUCUAUAUGAAUUGCCCACACUGCAGACUCUCUAAGAAUAAGCAGGAUCCUCCGAAUGCGAAGUUUUCAGGGACAGUAUCACAGCUUCAAAGGAUUUUUAUGGUUACACCUCCAUUUCCAGUCAUAUUAGCCACUUGCCCAGUGAUAAAAUUUGAGAAUAGCGUGAAUGGUGGUGGUGCUAAGCCUUCUGUAUGCCUCUGGGAGGCUUUUGUCUCAAAUAGUGAGAAUGAAUCGCAUCAUGUCUACCUCCAUCAGUCCCAGAACGCGAUCAGAAGUUGCAGUUCAGCCUCGGAUGCCAAGUGAUAUUACCUCCAGAGAGUUUCCUUACUCUUAGACUCCCAUUUGUGUAUGGUGUAGAAUUGGAGGAUGGAAGUUUACGUUCUCUAAACUAUUUUGAACAUCAACCAGAGGUUACUGCCUGGAUUACCAAAGGAACAACAUUACAGGUCAUAUCCAAAAGAAAUAGUAUUGUUCAAGAUUAAUAUCUCACAUAAGUUAUUGAUUCUUUGGAGUUUGCCAUGUACAUCCAUGCCUGAGUUGGCAAAGGCAGAAUUGGUUGGUUUGCUCAGGCUAUGAAUUUCUAUAAAUAUUAUGGAUGGUGCAUAUGAUGAUUGGUAAAGUCUGACCUCAAAUCAUAUCCGUGAAGCGACCCUCUGCGGCCAGGGUUCGAUUGAACAUCUAGGUUGCUGCUGGUUGACUGAAGCUUCUCAAUGCCAUGGUAGGAGAGGAGAGCACCUUGACAACUUGUCUGGUUGUCUGCUUUUGAAGGAGGAUAUAGUAUGAAAUCCAGCACACUUGAUUGGCAGUUUUGAAAACUGGAUUCAUGCCUUUCGUGUCCAACUUGAAUUUCGAUUAGUUUGUUGAAGAAAAAAAAAUGCCAACUAAGAUAGAUAAGAAACUGAGAAACAGAAGCUUUGCGCUCAGUUGCAGAAUAUACAUUGUAGUUGCUGCAUAAUUGCAAGAUUUGGUUUAAAUGCAACCAUGGCUUAACCCUGAUAUUUAUGGUCCUACAAUUCACUCUUAAUUAGAGAUGCGAAAGAAGCCAUGGAUGCUUGGGUGUCUUGGAUUCUUGCUGACCCACAACACCUUCACUGCAGUGAGGCUGUCAUGCUGAAAUGUGCUAAAACUGGCAAAUUGUAGAGGUCUAGC